AUGAUCGCGAUACGCUCGGCGCCGACGUCCGUGCCGCGCGCGCCGAGCGCGCCGCGCGCGCGCGGCUCGCCCGGACGCGCGACAACGCGCGCGAACGCGAGCGCGCGACGACGCGCCGUCGUCGUCCCUCCUUCCGCCUCGUCGUCGCGAAGCGUCGCCGCCGCGUCGGCGUCGGCGUCGACGGCGACGGCGAGCGCGACGUACGAGCUGCGCCCCGACGCCGUCCCGUCGACGCAGCGCGCGUCGUCCUCCUCCGCGGCGCCGCCCGAGCUCGUCCUCUACCGCGACACGAACGCGUGGUGCCCGUUCUGCGAGCGCGUCUGGCUCGCGCUCGAGGCGAAGGGGGUGUCGUACACGUGCGAGUUCGUGGACCUAAGGCGCGUUCACCCCAAGUGGUUCACGGACUUGGUGCCCACAGGGCUCGUCCCCGCCGCGCGGUUCGCGGCGGACGACGCGCUGGUGUGGGAGUCUAUGGACAUCCUUCGCGAGCUCGAGACGCGGUUCCCGGACGCGCCCGCGCUGACGCCGGCGGACGAGGACGGCGCGGCGAAGAUGGAGGCGUUCAUCGCGCGCGAAGUCGAAGGCGCGUUCUAUCUCACACUGGUUCCCAUACGACCGCGCGGCUUCGGCGCCGCGAAGGACCCGGAAGAUCUGCCGAAACUCCGAGCCGAACUCGAGGUCGCGGUCGCGCGAGCGAAACCGCACUUCGCGAACGGUUUCAUCGUCGGCGACGCGAUGACCACCGCGGACGUUCUCGUCGCGCCCGCGCUCGAACGACUCGCCGCGAAUUUGCUCACGUUUCGCGGCUACGAUCUCCGGUGCGUUCUAUCUUACACUGCGGAGUUCGAGCCGUGGUUCCUCGCGAUGGAGGCGACGCCGGCGUACCGCGCGGUGAUGGGCGAUCCGGAGACGCACAACACGGUCGUGCGGCAGCUGUUCGGGCUGAGCAACGGCGAGGCGUCGCUCCCGCCGCCGCCGGCGUCGGUGCCGGAGACGCCGACCGGCGCGAAGGAGGCUGGGACGUGUCUAUCGAACAACAUGGACGCCGUCGUCGCGGACGCGUUGAAAAACUCGGGCGUGGACGCCGACGCCGACGACGCGGAGGCGAUCGUGCGGACGUACUUGGAGACGCUCGCGGCGAGUCUUCUCGCGGACGGCGACGGCGACGGCGUCGCCGCGGCUCGACCGAUCGCGCCGCAUCCUCGGCCAGCGCGCGCGAUGGGCGCGGCGACGCUCGCGUUCGUGCGGAACCGCGUGAGCGCGCCGAGGGACAUGAGCGCGCACGCCGCGGUGGCGUUCCGCGCCGCCGCGGACGCGUUCCUGACGAGCGUGUAUUAG